GUUAUACAUAUCCAUCACUAUCCAUAUAUUCUAAAUUUUGGAGUGCUUUGACCUUACACAUUUGAUCUGCCAUCGAUAUUCUAUCUCCUCAAGCCCGUGAUACCAAGCAUUACGGGUAAUUAUAUAUAUACAUCACUACCACCAACUAGAGCAUCUCGAUCCCAUAGUUCCAAGAUGCCUUCACUCAUGGAUUUACCAGUCGAGGUUCUUGCUCAAAUAGCGGACAUCGUCAACGAGUCCAGUCCAAAGACGACGAACUCCCUCUCUUUGGUAAAUCACACCUUCGCCGAAUUAGUAAGGGGUAAUCGAUUUCGCAUCCUAGAUUUCGGCCGGCGGGCACGGGAAGAGGUUAUUGCACAUAUCGACCACCAUGAUUUAUGGAAGAAAAUCAAGCACGUCAAAGUCAAGGCCUCUUCCAUACACAAAUACAAAUUCGCCUUUUCCGAAAUGACGGGGUUACGAGAUGUGGAGCUCGAGUGUCACUCUGUCCCGACGGACCUGAAAUAUCUACUCGAAGUACUUCGAAACCAGCGAAACACUAGUCUUCAUUCGAUAAGUAUGAAGCACAAGUAUGGGCCCAUUGAGGGCUGCCAGAAGAUGAUGCGGGUCCUAAAGGAGCUCCUUCUCACUUGUCCUAAUAUCCGCCACUUGAAGCUCGAUAUCGGGAUGACGAAUUUUGGGAAACCCUACCAUGGCCUUGGAUUCGUCGAUGGAGAGCGGCCUCCCGCGCUUGAAACAUUUGAUAUCGUCAAGUAUCCGUUCGGAACUCCUGAUGGAUGGAAUCCUGGUUACACUUUACGGUGCCGCGAACAGGAUUACUGGGACCGAUGUUUCGACUGGUCGCAGUUGAAGCGACUAUUUACCAGCGACCCAACGAUGUUCUCAACGUCGCUGCAAGAGUUAACAUCGCUCAAGGAAGUAGACUUCAAAGCUAUUAAGGUGUGGGAUAUAUAUCUUCUUGGAUCGGAGGGUUUGCGAAAACAUGGAAGCAAGCUUCGCAUACUUCACGUCUACGAGCUAAAGGGCGAGUAUUGGAGUCGAAAUAUGUCACCACGGAUCUCGCUGCAUUCCAUGGAUAGCAAAGAACUGUCCCUCACCUUAGAUCAUUGUCCUAACCUUGAGGAGCUCUCCAUCAACCUGUCAGGGGUAGAGAGGCAUCUAGACGUUGUGUUGCAUACCCUAGCGCGAUUUCCGAAGUUGCGCAGUUUGUCGCUUUAUUACACCCUUUCCCUUUCCCUCCCAGCGUACGCGACACUCCCGUUCUCCUUGGUGACAUUCUCGGGUGUAGCGAAGUUCUUCAGGGAACUUCGUGACCGCUCUCCAGGCCAACCGUCCCCACUUAGGGUGCUCCGUGUCUUUUCUCGUUGGAUGCCUCCCAUGCGAUACUGUCCCGAUGACGAUGAUAUCUCGGAUAGAAAGGUGUCCUUCGUAUGCGAGUUAUCGGAACGAGACGAUGAAGUCGCCAAAGGCGUUUUCUCGGUGACCUGUUUGGAAGUUACGGAGGAAGAGAACACCGUGAUGCGGGGUGCGCUGGAGAGGGGAUGCCCAACAAAUUCAGCGGGGGAGCUUUGGAACGGAAAGGGACCGGAGAUGUACUCGACCAAGUUUAAGCGCGCUUGGUACAGGCCGAUGUCUGACGAGGCUUGGAUGGCCUACUCGAGCACAGGGCCCACGCAAUACCCGCCGCGAAUCUGGGAGAUAUACGGGGGGGCGAUGGAUGCUGGGGGAAAUAAUAGGACAUCCGAUGGACCUACUGGUGGUUGA